ACUCGUCCACUUAAACAGUACGGGUGCCACGGGGAUGCAGUCUACACUCUACUGUUUCGGGAUGGGUGUGGUUUUAUUCACACUGGCUCCGCCCGCCACUGCAUUUUCUCGUGGUGCCAGCCACACCUCCUGCCAGGAAAUGAUUCCCCGCCACAUCCGCGCACAUCCCCAGGACCCGCCGCACAGCUACGUCACCCUGCGUGCCUCUGCCUCAUCUUACCUGCCUGGACAGUUCAUCACAGUGACUGUCAGAAGCUCUCGGGACUUUAUGGGUUUCCUUCUCCAGGCUCGCAGUGUGGGCAGAGCCGGAGCUGGAGUUGAGGUCAGGGCCAGAGGUGAAGUUGGAGUAAGAGGAGGUUCCAGGUCCUCAAGAAUUGGCCCAGUGCUGGUGGGUGGUUCCUGGACCUUCACUCCUCCCGGCACCCACACCCUGCACUGCCUGUCAGAGGGCGACACCCUCACCCACUCUGACAAACAGCUGAAGAGGAAUCUUUCGUUUGUGUGGAGAGCUCCUGACGUGCCCAUGGGAGACAUACAGUUCUACAUCACGGUGGUUCAGUCAUACUUUGUGUACUGGGCGGGGAUCAAGUCUGAAGUGGUGCGUGAUGGGAGUCAGAAACUGUGGAAUGGGAGGAAAACCACAGAGAAAGAUGGAGGAACGUUUGCAGAGCAGGAAAAUGGACGGAUGGGUCCGACUGAACCCACAAGACCACAAAACAGCAGAACCCGAGGCUACGACUCUCUGGAAACAGUCAUUCGCCAAGAGAUUAAAAACUUGGCAACUUUGACGACCCUUGGAAAUGAACUCUGGACCAAUCAGACAGUCAGUGAAAGGAACAAGAUGGCAACUUCAGGUUCUCCUCAUUUCACCACCAGUGGCAGCGCGACUUAUAGCAAUGCAGCAUUAGGUACGACAGACGAAGCAAGCGUAAUUUCUACCAAGGACCCCAUGAGCACCUCUCUUUCUACAGCGUCUUCCUCCUCAGGUGAAGAGGCAACAGAGACGCUACAUGCUACAACUCUUUUACCAAACAUCACAGAUCAAAACGUCACCAAUCCUCUUACCCUGCUGCACUUCCUCACUUCCUUCACUCAUGUAAAGGAUAUUAAGAUGGAAAGCAAAGAGAGAGAAAAAUUACAAGACUCAGACUGGCCCACUGUUGCUCAAACAAAAUAUGCAACAUUUAACCCCCAAAGUACCACCUCAUCUACACCUUUAAACAAUCACAGUUUCCACCUUGUAAAUCGCCUGAGAACCAGUACCCACAACCCCAUAGAAAUGAUUCAAGAUCACACUAAUUCAGUUAAAUUCAGGACCCAGACUAGUUCAUUUCAGCCCUGGGGGACAAGCCUGACUCAAACACAGAACUCCCACAUAAAAUCUUUGCGUUACAAACAAACUUCUUCACCCAAAUAUUUUCUCUCCACACAAAUCCCCACAUCCAAACCCCUCCCCCCGUCUGUAACAGGUAUUCAUGGGAUCCUUCUCUUCUCUGCCACCUCUCCACCCAAACUCUUUUCUAAGUACAAAACCUUGUCCCACAAUUCCACUCUCCACUCCGCUUCCACCCCACAGACCUCUGCUCUGCCCCAAACAAUUUCAACCCUUAUUCCAGAACCCCCCAACCAUAGGCUCCAACCAAACACCUCUGUGGGUGAUGUAAACAAAUCUCAACCUGAACCAAGUCAAUCUGGACCAAGGCAAACCAGUCCACCAUAUGCUGAGUGUCAAACAACUGACUUCUUCAGGACUCUACCACAACCACAACCUGUAAGUAUUCAAAAUCCACCACCAACAACUACCUCCAAUCAAACACUGAGAUUUCUCCAGAUAAAACAGCCUGAAUCUGACUCACUACAUGAGUCUAUGAGCUCCUCUCCCAAAUCAUGGUUCCAGUCUACUUUACACACUGGUUCACCCCUGGCACAUUCCUUUGAAUGGAAGAAGACUGAACCCCCACAAACCCCUCCAUCUUUGACUCAUCUACAGUUCACAAUACGUUAUGGCCCAAUCCUUGCAACAAAUCAGGGUAAAGAUGUCACAACUCAUGAUCCUCAAGCAAAGAUCAAAAGCAUUUCCCCAAUCUUUGCCAUUUCCUCAACUACUGAACCAAUGUUUUCUGGCUCUACCCCUCAGUCUGCUCUUCACUCUUCAUCCUCCACACUGACAUCAACACGUCCAACCUUGAAGCCAACAUUUUUCACUUAUUCCAGGUUCUCCUCCGGGAAGAGCCAACCCAAAACAACUCCUGCCCUUUCCGUUCCCCCCUCUCCUUUUCCGAUCUCAGUUCCUCCUCAUGUCCACCCAGUUAAACCUUCUUCUACUCAUUCUGUGGCUUCCUCAAACUCUUCAUCACCCUUUGUCUCGAUUACCCCAGUCCCUUUAUCUAAUCCUCCCUCAUCUCCUUCUACCUUUUCUAAGAUGAUCACAGCUUCAACCUUUCCUUCUUCACCCUCUUUAAUUUCUACUGCGUCCAUCCCUCCUACACCUCCUCUAGUUCCCACAACAUCUUCUUACUCACUGGGUUCCUCAUAUUCCAUUGUCUCAUCCGUCACCCCUUCAUUUUCAGGGUCCCCUCUGUCGACCUCCCCUCACCUAGGACCCUCUCCAGCUCCCCUUCGCUCUCUCUACAACUCCCUCUUACCCUCUCCUUCCCCUGUGCCCUCCCAGAAACUAACAAAAGGUGAGAGUUUGAAAAUCCAGAAGCACCUUGUCCCGUCUGAUCCUGAGCCCAACCUCACCCCACCAACACAAAGAACAGUUCUUCACCAAAUCCCGGAUCCCCAUCCAAAGCUCGAUCCAAAUAUCAAACUAAAUCGAGGGCGUGAGUUAAAACCAAACCACCCAAACACUGAUACUAAACAAAAACAUCCUUCUAAUCCCUCUGGAACCCCAGACAAAGAAGGGAAGUAUCCGGACAUUAUCCCCAGACACAGUGCCUGGGAGCUCGGCAUGCUGCUGGGCUGCUCAGCCGGUUUAGGGAUGGUGCUGGUGGUUGUGAUUCGGUACAUGUACCGUCAGGCCUGCGGUAAACGGACAGGGGUGACUCUGAAUGACAGGGAGAGAGAGUACGAGAGAGGGGAGAGAGGGCUGAUCCACGUCCAGGAGUGUGGCGAUUUGGUCAGAGUCCGGAGAAUCCGGGAGAACAGUUUUGUGCUUCUGGCAGAGUACGACAUUCUGGCAUCACCUGGAGACUAAAAUACUGGCAAUGUAUGCAAACAUUUAGAGAACCGUUUAUGAAGCUAAAAACAUAGUAGCUAUAUAGCCUAGCAUUGUUUUUUAAUUAGUUCCUACACGUGAGAACGAAUGAGUAGCAUUGAGGCUAAAUAAAACCACUGCCAAGUUAAUAUAUUUCCUCCAUAAACGUCAUGUUUAUGCUGUAGAUAUUGAUUAUCCUCAGAGGAUUAACCAUUUCUGCUCAGAAGCUUUAGGCUAACAUUUAGCCCCAUUAGGACAAAGCCUAAUUAAGUUGGACUUCUCAAGUUCAGGCUAAAUUAUUUAGCUUUAUGACAAACUUUUUAUAAGACUAUAGCAUGCAUAGGUUCAUCUUUUUCUGUAACCUCAACAAAUGUUUUAAAAAGAAAAUGUCAAGGACCGUAUGGUGGACACUGUUUUGUGAUUGCAUGUAAAACGAGGACUUGUAUGCUAACUUAGCAUGUCGCAGCACCAGUUUAGCUCUGUUUUGUUAAUUGUCUUGAUGAACACCUGCUUUUGAAAAUAAAGUAUU